GAUAUGUGCUGCUUGGCCACCGCCUUCCAUCCAUCCGAGCUGCCACCCCUUCGCCUUCUUCCCAGUCCUCCCUACCCCUCAGCAUCCCAACCGUGCUACCCACCCCUCAGUCUCCGAUGCUGCAUGAGGGAUUUCCCCCUCUUCCCGCGGGAUACGCACCAAAAUCGCUCUCAUAAUAAUGGACUGCGACGCUCGCUCUAAAUUGAUGCGCUAAUGACAUUUUAUUUAGUCUUCAAAUAUGAAUCAUGCGUCUGAUAUUCCAUCUGUGUCUGCUCGCUAGCAUAUUUAUUUCCGUGCCAUCUUCUAUCGCCUUAACCUCAACGGUCUCCAGCUUCGUACAGAAUGAGGAUCUCAGGGAUCAGCAGGUGCCUGAGACCCCGCGAGAAGCGACAGCAGCGGCACCGGGCAAUUCCACGGGUAGAAAACCCGGAGAGCACGAGGUCACGGUCACAUAUCCCUCCCGGCUCAUCUACUACUUGAAUGAGGAGUCGGAGAGCACGUAUCGUGACCUGGACACUCGGACGAGGAGCCAGGCCAGUGAUGGACAGGAUGUCCACCUGGCCCAAGCAAGUUUCCAGCUGGAUGCCUUCGGCACCACAUUCACUUUGGACCUUACAUUGAACAAUGAUCUGCUCUCUUCAGAUUAUGUGGAAAUCCACUAUGACAAAGACAAGCCAGUGCUCUCCAGGGGCGGGGAACACUGCUACUACCAUGGCCACGUGAGAGGAAAAGAAGACUCCCGUGUAGCUUUAUCCACCUGCAACGGGCUUCAUGGGAUGUUUGAUGAUGGUAAUUUUGUCUAUCUCAUCGAGCCUUUGAAACAGACUCACACCGAAACGGAAGCAAGACCCCAUACUUUGCGCCGAACAUCAUCGCUCCAUGUGACCUCUGUCCCAGGUGCCUGGGCUGCUGAUGACCCAAUUGAGGAAAAAGAAGAGGAGAAGCGUAUUUUUGCUAGCAUGCCUUGGCUAAAGCGAAGGAGGAAAAGAGCUAUGCCACGUAACAUUUUUGAGGAAAUGAAGUAUCUGGAAAUAAUGAUCGUCGCUGACCACAACACGUUUAAAAGGCAUAAGAGUAAAAAGCAUACCCGGAACUCUGCCAAAUCAGUGGUCAACUUUGUAGAUGCUAUUUUUAAGGAGCAGCUGAAUACGCGUGUGGUAUUGGUUGCUGUGGAGAUUUGGACUGACAGGGACCGGAUUCCGCUGAGCGUGAAACCAUUGGAAAUGCUAAGCAACUUUUCAAAGUACAGACAACAGAACAUCAACAUCAACGCUGAUGCCGUGCACCUCUUAUAUCACUAUAUAUAUAUUUAUAUAUACUGUAUUGUUGCAUAUAUUGGUGGUGUGUGUUCCAAAGGAAGAGGAAUUGGUGUUAAUGAGUUUGGCAGCACAUGGACAAUGGCUGCCUCUCUCUCUCAGAGCUUAGCACAGAAUCUGGGUAUCCAGUGGGAUCCUGUGAUCAGGAGGAAGGAGUGCGGCUGCAUGGAUUCAUGGGUGGGAUGUAUAAUGGAAGACACUGGAGUGCAACACCCACGCAGGUUUUCCAAAUGCAGCAUCACUGACUACAGGAACUUUCUUCUAAGAGGAGGUGCUUCAUGUCUGUUUAACAAACCCAACAAGCUCUUUGAGGCUACAGAAUGUGGAAAUGGUUACGUGGAAGUGGGAGAGGAGUGUGACUGUGGGGCUCGAAUGGAGUGCUAUAAAGACUGCUGUAAAAAAUGUUCUUUGUCUAAUGGAGCGCACUGCAGUGACGGCCCCUGCUGCAACAGCACAUGCCUGUUCUACCCACGGGGAUACAGCUGUCGAUAUGCUGUAAAUGAUUGUGACAUAUCAGAGACUUGUUCAGGAGACUCGGGACAGUUUUAUGCAGGCACACCAGUUAAUGUUAAUGGCGUUCUGUUACACGAUGUCUUCUGUGGGUACCUGCUGUGCACUAACACUGGGAGAAAUCCAAGGAUCGGGACCCUGAGAGGUGACGUCACUCCCACCACCUUUAACCAUCAGGGGCGACUGGUGGACUGCAGUGGGGGACACGUGCUGUUGGAUGAUGACACUGAUCUAGGGUAUGUGGAAGAUGGUACGCCGUGUGGUCCCUCUAUGAUGUGCCUUGAGCGGAAAUGUCUACCCAUCUCCUCCCUGAACCUCACAGCCUGUCCGUCUGGCCCGGGUGGCCGAGUCUGCUCUUCUCACGGCGUGUGCAAUAAUGAAGCAACCUGCACCUGUGAUGCUACAUGGGCAGGGACUGACUGCAGCAUGCAUGACCCCCCAAAAGAGCCACCCGUCACCGAGGACCCGGGUCCCAAGGUGAGCGUGGCCACAAACAGGCUGAUAGGGGCAGUGGCAGGGACCAUUCUGGCCCUGGGGGUGAUUUUUGGAGGCACAGGGUGGGGAAUAGAAAAUGUCAAGAAAAGACGAUAUGACCCUAACGCCAGUGCCAUCUAAAGGCUAAGAGAACUGCAUCCUUGCCUAGUGUGCCCCCGGGUUCCGUCAGAACCCGCCGGACUGUACCCUCUCCUGCUGCUGACGCUGCUGCCGACGGCGUUGGCGUUACUUGAAUAAAAAAGGACAGAAAGCGAGAGAAGAAAGAGACCGAACGGUCGAACAUUUUUCAUCCAAAGUCACAUAGAACUGCUUCUCUAGCGCUGUUCCUUUGCCCUCUGGCCCUGAGCAUCCACACUGAACCACUCAUCGGGGCAUGACUUCCUGUUCACACGCCCCAACCUCCAGUUUUGACCCAGGCAUGACCAGCUUCAGCUGUGGACCUCGCAUGGCAGAGGAGGGACACCAAUGACUAUUGUUCAUUUAAAAAAGAAGAAUGAUUUGAAGUUCCAGUAGGCUGGUAACAUAUCCAUGUGUUUUUCAAGGGGCUAAAUGACCACACCCUAUGAGAGUGACCCAUAUUGGACAAACAUUUCAAGGCUUAACUUUAAAGUUUUUUGUUAUUUCAGCAUGUUAUAUUGCAGCCAUUUUCUGUAGUAUUAAUGAAACAAAGAAACCCAAACAAAAAGUUUUUAAAAAAUCAAUCCAUUUGGCCGGCAGCGUAUACUGCUGCAUGAUGAAAUCACCACUGAUAUUUAUGCCUGAUGACGUCAAUUAAUGUUCCACUUGAAAAAAAAAAAAAAGAAAAAAAAAAACAAUUAAACUGGCUGGGCCCUGUAGGUCUGCCCUGACCUGAAUGCCAUCACUGGCCAAUCAGAGAGCUGCAUGAUGUAACUGCACUGGGGGCAGAGCCCACACAGCCUGCUGCGCUUUUCAAGGUAUCUGCAUGUUAAAG